GGGCCCACUUGUUACAUUAGGUGUGACGACAACUCCAUCACAGCACAUAGUAAAACGCCCUUGUGCCUCACUAACGAUGACAUAGCGUGGAGUGUCAGUGAGUGCUUGAUGACUACUGUGCAGCGAUUGCGGUCAGGCGUUCGCAUUCGCACUCGUUCUGUGGAACGAUGCGAAUUUCUUUGGUUUUAAUGGCUUUAUUCGGCGUUGUACAUUUUUCAAAUGACGUCAAUGCAGCCAAGCGUCCACUGCGAAUUGCAGGAAAUUUUGAGGAAAUUGAAACAUGCAAGAACGUAAAGGUCUUCCUGCAAGUCAAAAAUGUGACCUACCGCAGAGAGAAAAAUGGAAUCACCCUUGUCGACGCUCUUCUACCUACCUCCAAAAAUUUGAAGUCACUUUCAAAGAUUGAGGCUCGCGUAACAGACUGUGCUGAUGGCGUGUCAUACAACACAUGUCAGUAUGUUAACACUUACAGAUUUACUUCAGGUCUCUGCAGGUUAUUGACUAGUGACUCUAUGGCUUGGUCAGGAGUUGUCAAGGCAAUUAGUCCUCCAGUGCGGUGCCCGGUUCUUGCGGCCAACUACGUCAUGACAAAUGGAUCUCUAAAUAUGGCGGCAGUAGAACAAUUUGCUGGACCCCUGUUUCCUAAACUUCUGGGUAGAACUGUUCUCGCCGAAGUGCGCGGAUAUGAUGAAAAUCGCGAAUUGUUUGCCUGCAUCUUGUUGAAGAUAUCAUUUCUUAGAGUGCGCAACUGAUCUGAACCACUACAAUCUUGUUCAUGGCCAAGCCGAUUUCGAUCGGGAGAAAAAAUUGCGGCCACUUUGUGGAUCCUGCAGAUCUUGCCACCAAGCACAAGUUGGAGGCGUAAAACCAGUAUUUUUACCAUUUUGGACUUGUUCAAUUAUAGUUGUUUUUGGUUUUACUAGUAAUACAUGAGGAAAUCGACUCCAAAUGGAUUUUAAAAUGUUUCAGAGUGCUUUUUUUGUCUACAAAUUUGUCACAGACCGUUUUUUGAUAUCUUUAUUUGGUAAUGAAGUAUGAGGGAGAUAAAGUAAUGCAUACCGGCACCAGUGCGCGGUGCGCUUGUGAAGAACUCCCGUUGCCUAUUAGGCAACCGGCACAACAUUUCAAAAAGUAGCUACAUGAUGUAACUAUUUCUAUUGUAGCUCAAUACAAAAUUACGAUAUCAAAAUUAUCUCAAGAACAAACCUGUGUAGAAUCAUGGUAGAAUGGUAGAAUGAAGUCAGCUACAAAAUUUAUUAAAUCUUUGAGGGCGUUUUCCCGAUAGAUUUCUCGAAAACUCAGAAAUUGUAAGAUUUGAACAUGUUCAAAAUGACAAAAUAGCUAUUAAAUCAUGUAGCCACUUUGUAGCCUGCCCUUCUGCUUUAGAAAAGCUAUCUAGCGGGCUUAUGCAAACAACCUCGUGUCUGUCUGUGUGUCUGUUCCACUAGAAGGAGAUGUGCUAGAGACUUCAAAUUUUCAGGGUAUCUUAAGGUUCACUCCUAGAAAACGAAACGCCUACGGCAAAUCCUAACAACCAACUCUAAGGGGGUGAAAGUGUUUAUCAAUGAAAAGGGGGUAGGUCAAAAAAGUUAGAAAAAGAUAUUUUUUUAUGAUCUCGUAAUGGGUAACUCGUGAUAAUAGACUUAUCUGGGAUAAAAUUUUGUCCGUUUGGCUCUAUCUUUUACCGCUUGGGAGCUGGAGGGUCUUUCUCUGACGAAAAUAAGAUAAAAAUUGCUGUAGUGAACAUUAAGUUGUAGAGGAAGGCCUCUAAUUGCAAAGUGGGACCCCCCCCCCCCCCCCCUUAAGAAAGAAGUUCUUCUAAGCAGAGGUUGUAGUCACGGUGCGGCACCGUUACAUUCCUUUCCCAUGUCUAAGGGGCAAAUUUUAAUGACAACGGGUCUUAGCCGGCGCAGCGAAGCGGAGUUGACAACUCUGUUUGGCGGAAGGGUGGGCCUGCCUGUUGGAAUGUUGUGUCGGUUGCCUCAGCGCGUUACGGGAGUUCUUCACUAGCGCACCGCGCACUGGCCGGUUUGCAUUCUUUCAUCUUCUGUACUUCAUGACCAAAUAAAGAUAUCGAAAAACGGUAUGUGACGGAUUUGUAGAAAAUAAAGCCGUCUAAAACAUUGACAAAGGCAUUCACAGUCGAUUUCCUCAUAGUACUCGAAAAACCUGAAACAAAUGAAAAGAACAAGUCCAAAACUGUAAAAACGAUGGUUUUUCGCCUCAACUUUAGUUUUUUGAAACCAAACCUAAACAAACCCAACAUAUUCUGAAAGAGGACAUCAGCGCGCUUUCCAUGGUGAACACCCCGAAUUUCCCCAGCAAUAUGUGUCUGGUUAAAUUAAUUUGUACAAUAUUCCGAACUUUGAACGGCCUUUGUUCGAAAACGGCUCGAUGGAAAACCUCGGGAUUCUGAUAUGUUGUUCUCCUUGGCGAGAUCCACAAGAUCCACUUUGUCUCGUCCGGCCGGAAACUUUUUCCGAUCUUUUCCCCUUUUUGGUGCCUUGGCCAUGUACUAAUCCAACAAUCGGUGGACUACUUGGAGGAAAAUCAGGCUUUGAUACAUCCGAGAAUAUAAAAAUAAAGAAACGACAUGAGA